CAAGCCUUAUAAACAACUUUCUCAUUAGCUUAAGCAGUAUAUGCUGAUAUGCAUGGACAGCAACCAUGGGCAACAAACCCUCACAUCCAAAAAUCCAAGAAGAAAGAACCGUCUUUCUCUCCAAAGACAAUGAGGUGUACAGGAUUCCUUCUCUUUUCUACGACAGAGACAAAAAGAUCUUCAUUGCCUUUGCAGAACAGAGAAGCACUGCAGAUGACGCCCAUGCAAAACACCUGGUUAUGAAAACAGGAAUGCUGAAGAAGGAGGAGAGCACUGGUGUGAGAGCUAUUGAGUGGUCGGAGCUCAAAGUGGUGAAGGAGGCACAUCUUGAUGGACAUCGUCCGAUGAACCCCUGUCCAGUGUACGAGAAAACCAGCAAAACUCUUUUCCUCUUCUUCAUUUGUGUUCAGGGCAUCGUCGCAGAGUGUUGGCAGAGAUUCUGGGGCUGUAACAGGGCUCGUCUCUGCUACAUUACAACAAAAGACGGUGGCCAGACUUGGAGCAGUGUGACUGAUUUGACACAUCUUCCUGAUAUCAAUGAAUGGGCCACAUUCGCUGUCGGUCCAGGUCAUGGUCUUCAAACAGAGAGUGGUAGAUUGAUUAUUCCAACUUAUGCAUAUGCUUCUUGCUCUGCCUCAUACUGUUGCAUAUCAUGUUAUUGCGCCAUCCCGUAUGGCCUUGCUCUGUACAGUGACGAUAAAGGCAGUAGUUGGGAAUUUGGUGAGAUGCUUGAGACAAAAUCAGUUGAAUGUGAAAUGGUAGAGGUGUCUGAUGAUGCAGGCCACAACUACAUCUACUGCAAUGCUCGUAGUGAGGGAGGCUAUAGAGUGGAAGCUAUUGAUGAUGGAGCUGGUUUUAAAACCCUCCCUUCUGCUGGAAAGCUUGUGGAAACAGGUAAAGGCUGUCAGGGAAGUGUGGUCUCCUUUCCAGCUCUAAGCGAAGGUGCCACGACUGACUCAAGCCCAAAUAAGUGGCUGCUCUACACCCACCCAAGUGAUCAGUCCAACAGGAUCAAUUUAGGAGUGUAUCUGAAUAAAACCCCACAGGAUCCAAAUGGAUGGAGCAAACCCUGGAUCAUCAACAGUGGACCCAGUGGUUACUCAGACCUGGCUUACAUUGGUGAUGGUUGGUUUGCAUGUCUCAUGGAGUGUGGGGUGCAGAAAUAUACUGAGCAGAUAGCAUAUGAAGUUUUUCACUACAGUCAUGUCAAGAAGGGUAUUGAGGAGUAAACAAAUGAAAUCAAUGCCUAUAUCAGGUGUGAAGUCUUUUAUAUAUUUUGGAUUCCUUGUAUGGGGCUGAAGACCUUGAACGAUAAUAAGAUCUACAAAUAUGUCUGACUUCAAGAUGCUGACGCUGAAUGUAUGUAUGAUAAUAUUGUAAUGGAGUGUGGGAGGCAUUGUGAAGCUGAUCACAUUGUCAUUGUCCUUCCUACAAUGAAGUCAAGCAGGCACUAGAGUGUAAAAAUCAGAUGUUUUUACGUGUCCAUCUUUCUCUGAGGCUGUACCACAAAAUGACCUGUUGUUUUCCUCAGUUGAGACUUCAGAAUGGCCUGUUGUGUAUUACAAGUGACACUACUGUGCUGACAUUACAUGUUAAAUUUCUUAAUAUAAUGGUUUUGGAUUAAUAUGAUUUAAAAACAAAGUUAUAAUGACUUACAUCAUCCUGUAAAAUUACUGUUUUUGUUAUAUUUCAGCUGUAACAACCAUAUUAAUGAUGUAUGAUUAGUGCUACCAUUCGAUACUCUAAAGUGUGAUUCAAAUGAUGCUGUGUGGACACCAAGUUUUUGUUUUUUGUUCUAUCUAAAGAAUUAAAAAAGAUUUUUGACUAACAAUGGCAUUGAAAUAGCUCUAUCUAUUG